AAUUGGACUGCAAUAUAAUAAUCAUGGAAUUUGUUAUUCCGUUAUCAAAGAACGAUCUCCUGAGACGUAAAAGUGGCCAGUACUAUGUAAAAGAUAUGACGGCUAUACCAGCUAUCCCUGCAGCAUUAGACGCAACACGGCAAGCCCUCGCAGAUGUCGGUCCCAGUUUCAUCUUGAAACACUUCGACGACUUUUUCUCAAUCCUAAUCCACGGAAAUAAACUAGAAAAUUGUCACACAAUCCGAGCGUUCGAUAGACUUCUCAAAGCCAUGGAAAUCCUUAUAAACGAUAUGGAGAAGAAUUUCCCGACAAAGGAAACUCGCGCCAAUUUUCUCUGUAUCAACAAAAUGUAUGCCUAUCUCAUCUGCACCCUAAUGUGCACCAUCGAAGACAAUACCUCAGUUAUCAAUACAGAUUCCCAAGGGUCUAAUAAAAAGAAAAAGAAAAAUGCCAAGACACCUGAAAGAGAAGAGUGGGAGUGUCGACGAGACAAGGCUUUUUUUUCCAUCCACCGUUGGCUACUGCUUCCUCUGCAAAAUCUGUGGACUCCACCUAUUGUCGAAGAGGCCUUCGUUCAGCUCAUAGCCGAUGUCUGCUACAAAACCCUGGAGCACGAUAAGGAUAACAAGGGGGAAUCCGAGGUAAGAACGACAACAUUUCAGAUCCUCGGAGUUCUCGUGAAACGAUACCUCCAUAACAUUACCUGCGCCAUAAAAAUCAUUCAACUGGUGAAGAUGCACGAAGAUCUUGGGCCCUACUUAGCCCAGGGAGUCGUCGAAAUGGUUUCCUUUCACAAUUGUCCAGGGUUCAUGGCUGAAUUAGCUCAAGAGAUUGAACAAACGAGUCUCGAUGACACAUCAGCACGACACGUCUCCUCAUUUCUCGAAGCAAUUGCCACGAUUAAACCACAACUGGUCCUUCCGAUCCUGGACAACAUCAUUGAUUACCUCUCCAAUGAAUGCUACUCUAUGAGAAAUUGCGCAAUAAAUGUUCUCGGUGUCGUUAUAGUUAAAGCCCUUACAGGAGAAAAUCUGACUCAUGAACAAAGAGCAAAACGUAACGAAUGUUUCGAUCUACUGGAAACGCAUACGCGAGAUGUUCAUACGUACGUCCGAUCCAAAGUAUUCCAAGUACUCCAAAAAUUGUGCUGCGAACAAUCCAUUCCCGUAGAUCGCUUCGCCUCGAUAAUGAGGAUAACAGUUCUCCAUUUACGAGAAAAAUCAGCAAUUGUUCGGAAACAGGCACUCGUUCUCAUUAGAGUAUUGCUGGAGGGUCAUCCAUUCAAAACUUUCCUCGAUAAAAAUGAGAUAGCGAAGAAAAAGGCAGAGUUCAAAGAGAAAUACGAUAAAAUGCAGGAAGAUAUUGUGGCCGCAUCUGGCAGCGGCCACGAGGAACGUCUGGAGCUUUGGAAGACAUUGUCCCCAGGGAUUAUUCAGGCGAUAAAGGAUUGCAUUGCUGAUCAAGAGGAUGAGGACUCUGAGAGUGAAGACGAGGAGGAAGAAGAGGAUGAGGACGGAAAGUACGAGCAGAUACGAAGUAUGAUUAUUCAGAAGAAUUUUCAUGCAGCUGUGAAAAAACUCAUCAAGACAACCAAGACUGAGAAUUUAUCAGCUGAUCCGUUAGAAGAUAGCGAGAAAGAGGCGUUCUACCACCACAUCAUGCUCUUCAUCUUCAUGGAGUCUUCCAGAGACGGGGCCAAUCACCAAGAGAGCUCAGCAAACUUCAGGGAGCAGAUGAAGAAGAUCAUCGCGAUAAGAAAAAUUUUAGUAUUCUUCAUGAAUGCAGAGACAUUUGCAACUGCAAUGGAGAAUGCAUUGAUUCAAAUUGAGUUAAUGCUGUUCUCUUCAACAGUAACAGUAGCUGUGGAAGCCUGCACUCUGCUGUCAACAGCUUUGACAUUGAAAAUUCCAGGGGCUGAUCAAGGCAUCAGGAAGGCGUUGUCCCAGGUUUUCAGUAGAGAGGAGUCAGUUCGAAACAACGUGGCAACGAUCUACAGGGAUAUUUACUUGAUGAACAACGGGAAGAAGGCGACGACAUCCGCUGCAGUUAAUGGUUUGAUAAAUCUUUUCAAAGGUCUCCAACCUGGUCAGAGCCCGGCACUAGCCCAUCUCAUAGCCAUCUGGCUUGCGAAUAAAGACUUGACUAAUGAUCACCUCCUCAUGAUGUGGCAUAUAUUCGCCAAAAACACACCAGGAGCAACCAACGAGGACAGCAGAUCAUCUAUUCUUCUUCUUGCUAUGGCAGCACAGACACAACCAUCCAUCAUCACUGUGAAUAUUGACACUCUGGUGGACGUGGGACUGAAGACUGAGGGGAACCAAGACCUCAUGUUUUCUCGAGACUGUUGCCGUGCUCUCCUCGCGAUCAAAACUAACGACUCGACAGAAUCUCCUCUGAGACAGCUUAACGAUCACAAGAUCUUCGAAAAUUUAUGCGUCUUACUGAAGAACAACUUCGAGACCGCCGAUGUUGACACAUACGUAUCAUUCGCUCAUGAGGCCAUCAAUGUGAUUUAUCAUCUUGCUAAUCAACCUCAGAAGCUUAUCAGAGAUCUUUUACAGGAGUUGAACGAUAAGAUGAGUGAGCCAGAAGUAGACUCAUCAUCUUUAGCUAAAUUACUCUACAUGGUUGGUCACGCGGCUAUGAAGCACAUGGUGUACCUCGACAUCGCCGUUUAUAAGGAAUCAAAACGCAGGAAUACGAUCAUACAAGCUAAAAAAGGGAGAAAGGAGCCUCGGUCCAGCAGCAUCUCCAUUUGUUCGUCAGCAAGAAAAGCCAGGAGAUCAUUGCCUCGCAAGCAUAAGGAUUCAGACUCCACUGUGACUACUGAUGAUGCUGGUGAGGAAGCACUGGGAGGAGCAACUGCUGAUGAUGCUGAUGCCGAAGCCAUUGAAACAGAGCUAGAAUUAAACAUCUUAGGUGGUGAUGGAUUUUUCACUCACUUUGUGCCUCUUGUUAUUGAUGUCUGUCAGUAUCCAGAGAAGUACAAAAGCCAUUAUGUCCAGGCGUUUGGGGUCCAAGCACUCACGAAGAUGAUGUCACUAUCCGCUGGAUUCUGUCAGCAGCAUCUCCAGUUGUUGAUCACUAUUCUCGAGAGAUCGAUGUUCCCUGAGAUUCGAGGGAAUAUUCUAAUGGGUUUGGCUGAUCUCAUGACGAGAUUCCCCAAUGAAGUGGAACCUUGGACUGCACAUCUUUAUGGCAGACUGAGGGACAAUGACGUCAGUGUGAGGAGCUCUGCUGUCAGGGUACUUGCUAGUCUCGUCAAACGAGAGAUGAUCAGGGUGAAAGGGCAGAUGUCCGAGAUGGCUCUGUGCAUCGUUGAUGAGAAUCAGCAGAUCAGACUCGAUGCCAAGCAGUUCUUCGACGACUUGUCGCGAAAGGGCAAUGUACUUUAUAAUAUUAUUCCUGAUAUUCUUUCACGACUAACGAGCACCGACAGUAAAGUCGCUGAAGAUGAUCUUCAUGAGAUUGUCAAGCAUAUUCUGGGGCUCCUGUCGAAGGAGAAGGAGAGCGAUGCCUUAAUAAACAAAAUUUGCCAGAGACUGAAAAUGGCGACCACUGACAGACAGUGCAGAGAUCUUGCUUAUUGCUUGUCAAUGCUGCAACUGGGAAGAAAGGGAAUUGUCACUCUCACUAGUAAAUUACCGUUGAUCAAGAAUAAAAUGCAUAUCAGGGAGGUACAGAAAGCGCUCAUGGAUAUUGUUGAGAGCGCUAAAAAGAAGGCGGAGACUAGAGAGAUCUCGGGACAAUUGGAGGAUGAGAUUGAGAAGAUGUUGAACGACGAUGAGGAAGAUAAGGACGGGGACAAGGACAGGGACGCGAUGCCACCACCCCCUGUUAUACCACCGAAACGAAAUGAUAACAAUAGUAAAAAGAAAAAGAAGAAAGGGGAGGACAGCGACGAGGAGGCACCCGAGGAUGAGGAAAACCAGGAGAAUGUGUUCAGGGAGACUGAUAAGACUCCCAGCAGGAGGAAUUCCAGGACGAGGGCUUCAUUGAGGACAUCCAAGAGAAAGACGAAGGAUUUGUCACCGGAGGAGAACGAGGGCAAUGAGACGCCAGCCAAGAAACCUCCCAGUUCCCCUUCUAGCUACAAUAGCUCUACGGUAAAGAAAGAGGAGAGUGAAGAUGCCAAUGUUAGACGGAAUCUGAGAAAAGUUCGGGAGCAAACCUCCAUUGAAAAUCCUCCCCCCAAACGCACGAGGGCCAAUAGAAAAUAAUAUACUUUAUGUGCAGAUAUUUCUUGCUUUAAUGUAGCUUAACGAACUUCAAAGAAUAAUUGAAAUAGUUAUAGGAUGUAGAUAUUUCGAGUUUUCAGUAGUCUACUGAUAAGCAAAAUCUUUAUACUGUGAGAAAUAUAUUAG